AUACGUGGCGCUGUGGUAGCAACAUGCCGCUGUCGCUGUGAGUGGCGAGCGAUCGGUACGUGCAGGCGGAGUAGAAAACAUAUGUCAUUCUUAUGAUUAUAUAGUAAAAUUCAAGCGAAGAAAAUGAGGUGGCUUAGCUCGUGCUUGUUCCUCGUCUUAUCCAUCGUCAAUGUACGUUGUUACUUCAUCACGGUUGACGCCCAUGCCGAGGAAUGCUUCUUCGAUAAAGUCGAAUUCGGCACCAAGAUGGGUCUUACAUUUGAAAUAGCAGAGGGUGGAUUCUUAGAUAUAGAUGUUAAGAUAGUCGGCCCCGACGGUAGAAUAAUUUACCAAGGUGAACAGGAGAGUAGUGGGAAAUAUACGUUUGCUGCGCAUACUUCAGGCGUUUAUACUUACUGCUUCAGUAAUCAGAAGAGCACAAUGACACCGAAAGUGGUAAUGUUCAAUAUGGACAUUGACGAAAAUCGGAAACAAUCUGAGGAUAAUGCAGGUGCGGAGAAUCAGGAUGGAGAUAGCAAUCAUGGAAAGUUAGAUGAUAUGAUCAAAGAUUUGAGCACCAGCUUGUGGGGUGUGAAAAACGAACAAGAGUACAUGCAGGUCCGCGAUCGCAAUCAUAGGGCAAUCAAUGAGAGUACAAAUUUCCGUGUCGUGGUGUGGGCGUUCUUCGAAGCUAUGGUAUUGGUAUGCGUAACGAUAGGGCAAAUCUUUUAUUUGAAACGAUUCUUCGAGGUGCGAAGAAUCGUGUAAUUUAGGAUAACUAAUGAUACACUACGUGAAUCAAUUGUACAUUUUUCUAUGUAAUUAAAUUAUCUCGUUCACAAUAAGUCAUCGGUAAAUGCUCUCCACUUUGUCGAGGUUAAACCCAAACUGUUCAUCGUUAGCAUUAAGAUAUUUCCUACAACUGUAAGAUUUCUAAUAAAAAAAAAGAAUUUGUAACGGGACGAAAUACGAGACUUCGUGCAAUCGUGAAUGUUUCCACAACAGUGAGAACGUUAAGAAGAAUAAAAUAUGUCUGUAAUAAGGGAAAAAAUACACAUGCAUCUUUCUCUAAAUGUCAGUUGUUAUAUUCGACUGGCGAUAUGAAUAUCCAUAGUUCCAUUUUGUACUUAUUAAUAGUUAUUAGUAAAACAUGCUUUUAAUGAA